AUGACAAAGGCAGACAGUUUUCAUGACAAAGAGAAGUCGACACAGGCUCUGGGCAAUACGGCUUUGCACAUUGCCAGUUUGGCCGGACAUUUUGACGUGGUCCGUUUACUGUUGGAUGCUGGUGCCAAUGUAAACCGCCAAUCUGUGAUCGGAUUCACUCCGCUCUAUAUGGCUGCUCAGGAGAAUCAUUUAGACGUGGUCGAUUUACUCUUGAAACGCGGAGCAAAUCAGGCACUGACUACAGAAGACGGAUUCACUCCGCUCGCAGUCGCAUUGCAACAGGGCCAUGAACGAGUCGUGGCUCUGCUACUCGAACGGGAUUCGCGCAGUCGUGGCGGUAUGCCUGCUUUGCAUAUCGCAGCACGCAAAGACGAUGUAAACGCUGUCGGACUGCUAUUAAACAAUCCGGAAGUGAAUGUGAAUCACCAAGCCCAGAUCCAAUGUGACAGGACAACCGGAUCAACACUGAUGAUGCAAUGCACUGCACCAAAUCCCGAGUUAUCGCAGGCUUCGUUGAUUAAGAGCACGGAUUCACGCCACUUCACAUUGCNGCACGGAUUCACGCCACUUCACAUUGCCGCACACUACGGGAAUGUUAAUGUCGCUCAUCCGCUGAUUGAACGUGGUGCGGAUGUUAAUUUUCAGGCAAAAGUGAGUUUCUCGUUUGUUCCGCUCCGUGGUUUGUUUAUUGUACCGUUUUCACAGGUUGUUUCAUUCCCACCCUAUUGUUUAUCUCACACACGGAAUUUGACUCCGUAA